CGACUAUUUUAUUUAUUUUGUAUAAAAAAAGAAAAAAAAACUAUCUUAUUUAUUUACUUAGGAGGCAUCACAUGAUUCACGAGUCAACAAUGUCGUCUACAAGUCAGUUCCUCCAAAUGGGUGACGCGGGAGUGCGGUGGUCGGAGCUGCCGUCUGAAAUCUGGUCGGCAGUCGGAAAACGCCUCAACAACUACAUCGACGUCCUCCGAUUCCGCAGCGUUUGCCGAUCAUGGCGAUCAUCGCUUCCUCCUUUCCAAGAAACAUCUCCUCCUCCACGUCUGCGAUUUCCCUCCUCAACCACAGCUGAAAGUUUCUCUGUCCACGUCUUCCUCUCCCAAAGUACUGUCUAUCGUCUCUCUCCUCUGCAUCCCCAACCAAGUCCUAACGAUUCCUCUUCCUGUUCUUCCACUCGCCCGAAUGGCCGCCUAGUUAAGUUGGAGAAACUCGAGCUCCCCAAGAUGCGGUUACUGCAUCCUCUCUCCAAGCGCCAAAUCGGAUACAACCUCAAAUCGGUUCCAGAUGAACAGAAGGAGUUUAACUUGUUGGAUACUCGAAUCGACAAAUUAGCCACUUCGUAUUCGCUCAAAUUCACAGAUGAUAUUUGUGUUCCUGGAAUAGCUAAAGUUGUUGUUGCUAUUCCUAACUCUGAGGAGUGUACCAUAAUUGCAGUGUACGAGGGAGGGAAGUUAGGGUUUGCCAGAUUAGGGGAUGAGAAAUGGAAUCUAAUCGACGAACAAAAUUUCCACUAUGACGAUGUGAUUGUCCACAAUCGGCAAUAUUAUGCAGUUGACAAAUGGGGAACGAUUUUCUGGAUCGAUUCUUCGAUGAGAUUGGUUCAAUUUUCUCCUCCCCUAAUUGGACUCGGCCACCGGAAACACUUAGUGGAGUGCGGCGGCGAACUUCUGGUCAUCGAUCGAUUUGUGGAUCAGGAGCGUCAGUUCCGACACCCAAUCCAUCACAUCGAUCGAGAUCCCGUAGCAAUUUCAAAAGCAAUCGAUUUCAAGGCUUAUAAGCUAGAUCAAGAAUGGGGGAGAUGGGUGGAGGUCAAGAAUUUGGGGAAUCUAUCGAUUAUUUUGGGUAACGAUUGUUCUUUCUCAGUCGAAGCCUCAAAAUUCGAUGGAUGUAUACAAAAUUGCAUUUACUUCUCCGAUUCGAAUGACGAUGAGUUCUCUGUAAGAAGUUCGAUUCGUGUGUUCGAUCUUGAAGGAGGAAGGAUCGGGAAAAUUUUGGCUUAUCCCGGAAUCAUCGACAUCUUCAGCCGGCCGCCGAUUUGGCUCUCCAAAUCCCUUCCUCCCUUGAAGGAUAUCAACUUUCAACAUCGCCAUGAAAAUUAGGAGGGAGAGGAAUGUGGGAGAGAUUAUGGAAUAUUAGAAUUUUCACCAAGUUUGUUUUCUUGAGCUUUAAUGUAUGAAACCAUGUUCUUAGUUCUGUUGUAAGGCAACAGAGAUUGAACCAAUUAUUAUUAUUAUUAUUAUUAUUAUUAUUAUCAUCAUCUUGCAGAGGA